AUGAGGAGAACGUGCAAAGAAUUUGUGCUACCAAAGCCCGUGUUGCCAGAUUGGACGUCUAAUCUCGGAAGUGACUUGUUUGUAUUUGUAUUAGACUGUAAACAUGGCGUUUGGUUGGUAGAGUCAAAACUACAACGCGUAUCGGUUCUGAAGGUUUCCAUUCGGCCUGGAUAAUAGUCAAAUACUAUAACACAACAUAAACUGGCAACCUCAGUACACAGAGGAUAAAGUAAAUAAAGCGGUGCUCUGAUCCAUACGGCUUCAUCUCUCUCACACACACACACUCACACUGUAACCGGAGACGCAUUGGGCAAUGAGAGUGAAGCAGGGGGCCGAGGGAGGACUGCCGUGUACCACAGAGGAGGAGCUGCUCAAAAAGCCCGUGAUAACGCCGGAGGAUGUGCUCGGCCUUCAGAGGAUCACCGACAAUUACCUGUGUAGUCCAGAGGAUAAUGUCCACAAGAUAGAGUUCACCAGGUUCAAGAUUCGCGACAUGGAGACGGGGACCGUUCUUUUUGAGAUCACUAAGCCUCCUGCUCUGGAGAGCGCGGAGGACGGAAGAAAGGACCUUGACCCAAACGCCGGACGCUUUGUGCGCUACCAGUUCACUCCAGCUUUUCUGCGGCUACGACAAGUCGGCGCUACGGUGGAGUUCACAGUAGGAGACAUUCCUAUUAACAACUUCCGCAUGAUCGAGAGACAUUACUUCCGAGGACGGCUACUGAAGAGCUUCGACUUUGAGUUUGGUUUCUGUAUCCCCAGCAGCAAGAACACCUGCGAGCACAUCUAUGAAUUCCCUCCCCUCUCUGAGGAGCUCAUGAACGAGAUGAUCCAAUACCCUUACGAGACCCAGUCGGACAGCUUCUAUUUUGUCGACAACAAGCUGGUGAUGCACAAUAAAGCAGAUUACUCCUACAGCGGCGGCCCAUAGGAGCUUUAUCAGAAACAUGGACUGAAGCAUUAAGUCUCCCAAUCGAGUCUUGGAAUGUUUGUUUGGCAAAAAAAAUCACCCCAACCUCAGGGUUUGUGUGUGUUUGUGUGUGUGUGUGUGUGUGUGUGUGUGUGUGUGUGUGUGAGUGAGGAAAAUUCUACACUGAAAAGUGGAUCCUACUGAGCCCUCCUUUUUAUGUAUGUUAAUUCUAGAAUAGUUUGGUUAUGAUUAUUGCCUAUAACGGAGUGUGUCUGCAUGUAUGUGAGUGUAUAGUUGUGCAUACAUUCGUGUGCAUUAACAGAUUGCAUGACGUGUGUUUUUUGUUAGUGCUCUUGUGUGUUUUGUGUAAUUUUCAUGUAGAGUUCAUUCUCUCAAUAUCCACUCUUUACUUCAGGAUGUACAACCCCCAAUUCCAAAUAAGUUGGGACACUGUGUAAAAUAGAAACAAUGCAAUGAUUUGCAAAUCUCAUAAACCCAUAUGUUAUUCACAAUAGAACAUAGAAAACAUAUCAGAUGUUUAAACUGAGGAAACAAUAAGAUGAUUUUUUUAAAUUUGACACGUCUCAAAAAAGUUGGGACAGGGGCAACAAAAGGCUGGAGAAGUAAAUGUUAAAAAGAAACAGCUGGAGGAACAUUUUGCAACUAAUUAAGUUAAUUAGUUGUAGAAAUUACGGUUUUUCGCAGAUUGGUGAACUUCUGCCCAUCUUUACUUCUGAAAGACUCUGCCUCUCUAAGCUACUCUUUUUAUACCCAAUCAUGUUACUGACCUGUUUCCAAUUAACCUCCAGCUGUUUGUUUUUAGUAACACUUACUUUUCCAGCCUUUUGUUGCCCCGUCCUAAUUUUAUUGAGACGUGUUGCGGCCAUCAGGCUCAAAAUGACCUUAUUUUUUUCUUAAAAUAGCACAUUUACUCAGUUUAAACAUUGGAUAUGUUUUCAAUGUUCUAUUGUGAAUAACAUAUGGGUUUAUGAGAUUUGCAAAUCAUUGCAUUCUGCUUUUAUUUACAUUUUACACAGCAUCCCAACUUUUAUGGAAUUGGGGUUGUAGUAGGGGUGCACUGAUACAAUUCUUUUUUUUUACAGAGUUUGAGUACAUGCUUUUUUUUAUAUUCGUCAUAAUGAUACAGAGAAAAGAGUAAGCUACCUGGUAUUAAGCAAACUGAGAUGCCACAGAAUGUGCCGUAUAGCUCUGAAUGUUGCCCCCGUUUAAAAAGAGCAGGGUUUGUUUCGCUUUAAAAGAAAAAGCGAUUCUGUAGACUACAGCUGUAAAUAAAGUAUGUUUCCUUGUCUUCACUGCAUCUGAAUCCCUCGUUGAAACUGAUAGUUGCUGAUCUUCAAGAACAAUAUACUGGAUAGGACCUGUUGUUUUCACUCAGCUAGUGUUGGCUGUAGACAUUUGUUUUCUCACCUAGCUAGCAAAUUCACAAAGUCACAAAGUCUCACUUGGUAUUAGAUGUUGAUAUUGGAGCAUUUUUUACAAAUAUGAACACGAGUAAAUGAGGUCGCUAUAGGAACAAUAAUUGGUAUCGAUACAUCCCUUUUAUAUUAUUUUGAGACGACACACAUAACAUUCCAAAUAAUAUUUAAUGUUCAGACUUUUCCUACUGUGUAGUUUUGAAUAUUAUGUGGUCAUUACCUUUAACCAAAUGAGAGAAAGUUGUGUGUGUGUGUGUGUGUGUGUGUGUGUGAGUGAGAGUUGUGUGAGCAUGAGCUCUAUGUGCAAUUACUGAUGGAGGUGAAGGGGUUUAGCCCACUGCCCUUAGACACGUUUGGGGUUUUUUUUAAUUAAAUUUGGUUGAUUGUUGAUUGCAAAUGUGAUUAUUUAUGCUCUUUGAAGUAUAUUUUAAUAGCCAUGUAAAAAAAAAAAAAAAUCAAAUCAGAGAGAGAUCUAUAUUCUGUGUUAGAUAGUUUAUACAUGAUAGUGAUUGUGUUUAUUAAUGUUAUCAUUGUUGACUCUAUAUUCUUGAAAUAAAUAUGGUUUCUUUAUUAAAUGCUCCACA